GAUCUUUCAUCGAAUAUCGAGUAGAGUAAAAAAAAGAAAUUAUAAUUCCACUAGAUUUCCAUCCGGAGGCCAAGGAUGUUUGAUUUAAUUUGAAUAAAUAUUUUUUUAUUCUCUCUUAAUUGACUUGUCAUAAAUUCAUUUUAUUUAUUUUCAUUUGUCACUUACAAUUAUUAGAUUAUUUUUUCUUCACUUAUCAAUUGACAUUAAAUAUUAACUACACACUUAAUCGGAGAGAAAGUUAAAAGGACCUGGUACUAAGGUCCACCAGAAAGUUACUAAUAGUCCCACCUUACAGUAUGACUAUUAGUUUUGUACAAUCGAGAAGAUCAACAACAACUGAUCGUCAAUUCAGUCAAAUAUUUUUAAUGUUCCCGGUUGAUUUGAUGCCCGACCCUUUUGUCAGCUUAAAAUACACUUUAAUGUGUUGGCAUGAUGAAAACAUUAAAGAAAUUUAUAUUUUGGGCAGGGGAGAUGAAAAGGGCAGAUAUCUUAAACCCCAUGAUCAAAUCAAAGUCAUAGUACCAAAACCCAUCGAAUCAAACUUCUGA